CACGUGAUCUGCCCUCCCACUGUGCCAACAUGGCGGCGCCCAGAUCCUAAUCCGGGAAACGUGCACCGAGAUUAAUUCUGUUCUCGGUGCCACGGGAGAAGGCUUGGCGGGCAGAGGUGCCCGUGAAUGUCCCGUGCGAGGAUCGUUCUGUGGCUAAGCCUGACUUUGCGCUCUGCUCGCAGUCUCUGUAGAGCCCAGUUUAUGGAGGGUCAGUCCCAAGGGCCGCCAAAUCCAGCGGCAAUGGAGAAUGGCACCCAGCCCUGCGGAGAAGAGCGCCCACUUGAGGCUCAGGAGACGACAGUCACCGAGGGGGCCGCCCAGAUCGCCUUCCCUAGCGCCAACGAAGUCUUCUAUAACCCAGUACAGGAGUUCAACCGGGACCUGACAUGUGCUGUGAUCACCGAGUUUGCUCGCAUUCAGCUGGGGGCCAAAGGAAUCCAGAUCAAGGUGCCAGGCGAAAAGGAUGUGCAAAAGGUGGUCGUGGACUUGUCGGAGCAAGAGGACGACAAGGCUGAACUGAAAGAGAGUGCAAACCUGGCUCCAGGAGACCAACCUCGAACAGCUGCUGUGGGGGAAAUCUGUGAGGAGGGCCUGCGAGUGCUGGAGGGCCUGGCAGCCUCGGGCCUACGUUCCAUUCGCUUUGCGCGAGAGGUGCCUGGACUCCAAUUCGUGGUUGCCAACGAUGCCUCUGCCCGAGCCGUGGAUCUCAUACGCCGUAAUGUGCAGCUCAAUGAUGUGGCCCAUCUGGUACAGCCCAGCCAGGCAGAUGCCCGGAUGCUGAUGUACCAGCACCAGAAGGCGUCGGAACGGUUUGACGUCAUCGACCUGGAUCCGUACGGCAGCCCCGCCCCUUUCCUGGAUGCAGCUGUGCAGGCUGUGAGCGAAGGAGGGCUGCUGUGUGUGACCUGCACGGACAUGGCAGUGCUGGCGGGGAACAGCGGGGAGACAUGCUAUAGCAAGUACGGGGCCAUGGCCCUCAAGAGCCGGGCCUGCCAUGAGAUGGCCCUGAGGAUCGUCCUGCACAGCCUGGACCUCCGUGCCAACUGCUACCAACGCUUUGUGGUGCCGCUGCUCAGCAUCAGCGCUGACUUCUAUGUGCGUGUUUUUGUUCGAGUCUUCACUGGUCAGGCCAAGGUCAAGGCCUCAGCCAGCAAGCAGGCGCUGGUGUUUCAGUGUGUGGGCUGUGGGGCCUUCCACCUCCAGCGCCUCGGCAAAGCAUCAGGAGCCUCCGGUGGCCGGGUCAAGUUCUCUGCAGCCUGUGGCCCCCCAGUGGCCCCCGAGUGUGAGCACUGUGGGCAGCGACACCAGCUUGGUGGCCCACUGUGGGCAGAGCCCCUCCAUGACCUGGACUUCGUGGGCCAUGUCCUGGAGGCUGUGAGCGCCAACCCCAGCCGCUUCCACACAGCUGAGCGGAUCCGGGGCGUCCUGAGUGUCAUCACCGAGGAGCUCCCAGACGUUCCUCUCUACUACACGCUGGACCAGCUGAGCAGCACCGUUCACUGCAGCACACCCAGCCUCCUGCAGCUGCGGUCGGCCCUCCUCCACGCUGGCUUCCGGGUCUCACUCUCCCACGCCUGUAAGAAUGCCGUGAAGACAGAUGCCCCCUCCUCCGCCCUCUGGGACAUCAUGCGCUGCUGGGAGAAGGAGUGCCCAGUGAAACGGGAGCGCCUGUCGGAGACCAGUCCGGCGUUCCGCAUUCUCAGUGUGGAGCCCAGGCUGCAGGCCAACUUCACCAUCCGGGACGAUGCCAACCCCAGCUCCCGCCAGAGAGGACUCAAGCGCUUCCAGGCCAAUCCUGAGGCCAACUGGGGUCCCCGGCCGCGGGCCCGUCCAGGAGGCAAGGCAGCUGGCGAAGCUAUGGAAGAGAGACGCAGGCUGCUCCAGAAUAAGCGAAAAGAGCCGGCGGAGGACCCAGCCCAGCAGGCUGCUCGGCUCAAGACAUUUCCCUGCAAGAGGUUCAAGGAGGGCACCUGUCAACGGGGGGACCAGUGCUGCUACUCCCAUAGCCCCCCGACAUCCAAGGUCACUACUGAAGCCACCCCCUCUGACUGUCAGAAUUCCCCUGGGCCUGGGGCUGCUGCUGGUCCAGGUGUAGACUGAGCCAAUAAAGACUCACCACCUUUC